AUGUGGACGCGUGGACGUGGACGUGGACGUGGACGCGUGGACGUGGACGUGGACGUGGACGUGGUCGUGGACGUGGACGUGGACGUGGACGUGGUCGUGGACGUGGACGUGGACGUGGUCGUGGACGUGGACGUGGACGUGGACGUGGACGUGGACGUGGACGUGGACGUUGACGUGGACGUGGACGUGGUCGUGGACGUGGUCGUGGACGUGGACGUGGACGUGGACGUGGACGUGGUCGUGGACGUGGACGUGGACGUGGACGUGGACGUGGUCGUGGACGUGGACGUGGACGUGGACGUGGACGUGGACGUGGACGUGGACAUAGACGUGGUCGUGGACGUGGACGUGGACGUGGUUGUGGACGUGGACGUGGACGUGGACGUGGACGUGGACCUGGACGUGGACGUGGACGUGGACGUGGACGUGGACGUGGACGUACACGUGGACAUGGACAUGGACGUGGACGUGGACGUGGACGUGGAGGACGUGGACGUGGACGUGGAGGACGUGGUUGUGGACGUGGACGUGGAGGACGUGGACGUGGACAUGGACGUGGACGCGUGGACGUGGACGUGGACGUGGACGUGGACGUGGAUGUGGACGCGUGGACGUGGACGUGGACGUGGACGCGUGGACGUGGACGUGGACGUGGACGUGGUCGUGGACGUGGACGUGGACGUGGUCGUGGACGUGGACGUGGACGUGGUCGUGGACGUGGACGUGGACGUGGACGUGGACGUGGACGUGGACGUGGACGUGGACGUUGACGUGGACGUGGACGUGGUCGUGGACGUGGUCGUGGACGUGGACGUGGACGUGGACGUGGACGUGGUCGUGGACGUGGACGUGGACGUGGACGUGGACGUGGACGUGGUCGUGGACGUGGACGUGGACGUGGACGUGGACGUGGACGUGGACAUAGACGUGGUCGUGGACGUGGACGUGGACGUGGUUGUGGACGUGGACGUGGACGUGGACGUGGACGUGGACCUGGACGUGGACGUGGACGUGGACGUGGACGUGGACGUGGACGUACACGUGGACAUGGACAUGGACGUGGACGUGGACGUGGACGUGGACGUGGACGUGGAGGACGUGGACGUGGACGUGGAUGUGGACGUGGACGCGUGGACGUGGACGCGUGGACGUGGACGUGGACGUGGACGUGGACGCGUGGACGUGGACGUGGACGUGGACGUGGACGUGGACGUGGUCGUGGUCGUGGACCUGGACGUGGACGUAGACGUGGUCGUGGACGUGGACGUGGACGUGGACGUGGACGUGGACGUAGAGAUGGACGUGGACGUGGACAGGGACGUGGACGUGGACGUGGUCGUGGACGUGGACGUGGACGUGGACGUAGACGUGGACGUGGACGUGGACGUGGUCGUGGACGUGGACGUGGAUGUGGACGUGGACGUGGUCGUGGACGUGGACGUGGACGUGGUCGUGGACGUGGACGUGGACGUGGACGUACACGUGGACGUGGACGUGGACCUGGACAUGGUCGUGGACGUGGACGUGGACGUACACGUGGACGUGGACGUCGACGUGGACGUACACGUGGACGUGGACGUGGACGUGGACGUGGAGGACGUGGUUGUGGACGUGGACGUGGAGGACGUGGACGUGGACAUGGACGACGUGGACGUGGACGUGGACGUGGAUGUGGACGUGGACGCGUGGACGUGGACGCGUGGACGUGGACGUGGACGUGGACGUGGACGCGUGGACGUGGACGUGGACGUGGACGUGGACGUGGACGUGGACGUGGUCGUGGUCGUGGACGUGGACGUGGACGUAGACGUGGUCGUGGACGUGGACGUGGACGUGGACGUGGACGUGGACGUGGACGUGGACGUGGACAGGGACGUGGACGUGGACGUGGACGUGGACGUGGUCGUGGACGUGGACGUGGACGUGGACGUCGACGUGGACGUGGACGUGGACGUGGUCGUGGACGUGGAUGUGGACGUGGACGUGGACGUGGUCGUGGACGUGGACAUGGACGUGGUCGUGGACGUGGACGUGGACGUGGACGUACACGUGGACGUGGACAUGGACCUGGACGUGGUCGUGGACGUGGACGUGGACGUACACGUGGACGUGGACGUGGACGUGGACGUACUCGUGGACGUGGACGUGGACGUGGACGUGGAGGACGUGGUUGUGGACGUGGACGUGGAGGACGUGGACGUGGACAUGGACGUGGACGCGUGGACGUGGACGUGGACGUGGACGUGGACGUGGAUGUGGACGCGUGGACGUGGACGUGGACGUGGACGUGGACGCGUGGACGUGGACGUGGACGUGGACGUGGUCGUGGACGUGGACGUGGACGUGGACGUGGUCGUGGACGUGGACGUGGACGUGGUCGUGGACGUGGACGUGGACGUGGACGUGGACGUGGACGUGGACGUGGACGUGGACGUGGACGUUGACGUGGACGUGGACGUGGUCGUGGACGUGGUCGUGGACGUGGACGUGGACGUGGACGUGGACGUGGUCGUGGACGUGGACGUGGACGUGGACGUGGACGUGGUCGUGGACGUGGACGUGGACGUGGACGUGGACGUGGACGUGGACGUGGACAUAGACGUGGUCGUGGACGUGGACGUGGACGUGGUUGUGGACGUGGACGUGGACGUGGACGUGGACCUGGACGUGGACGUGGACGUGGACGUGGACGUGGACGUGGACGUACACGUGGACAUGGACAUGGACGUGGACGUGGACCUGGACGUGGACGUGGACGUGGAGGACGUGGACGUGGACGUGGAUGUGGACGUGGACGCGUGGACGUGGACGCGUGGACGUGGACGUGGACGUGGACGUGGACGCGUGGACGUGGACGUGGACGUGGACGUGGACGUGGACGUGGUCGUGGUCGUGGACCUGGACGUGGACGUAGACGUGGUCGUGGACGUGGACGUGGACGUGGACGUGGACGUGGACGUGGACGUAGAGAUGGACGUGGACGUGGACAGGGACGUGGACGUGGACGUGGUCGUGGACGUGGACGUGGACGUGGACGUAGACGUGGACGUGGACGUGGACGUGGUCGUGGACGUGGACGUGGAUGUGGACGUGGACGUGGUCGUGGACGUGGACGUGGACGUGGUCGUGGACGUGGACGUGGACGUGGACGUACACGUGGACGUGGACGUGGACCUGGACAUGGUCGUGGACGUGGACGUGGACGUACACGUGGACGUGGACGUGGACGUGGACGUACACGUGGACGUGGACGUGGACGUGGAGGACGUGGUUGUGGACGUGGACGUGGAGGACGUGGACGUGGACAUGGACAUGGACGUGGACGUGGACGUGGACGUGGAGAUGGACGUGGACGUGGACGUGGUAGUGGACGUGGACGUGGACGUGGACGUAGACGUGGACGUGGACGUGGACGUGGUCGUGGACGUGGUAGUGGACGUGGACGUGGACGUGGUCGUACACGUGGACGUGGACGUGGACGUGGACGUACACGUGGACGUGGACGUGGACGUGGACGUGGACGUACACGUGGUUGUGGACGUGGACGUGGAGGACGUGGACGUGGACGUGGACGUGGACGUGGAGGACGUGGUUGUGGACGUGGACGUGGAGGACGUGGACGUGGACGUGGACGUGGAUGUGGACGCGUGGACGUGGACGUGGACGUGGACGUGGACGCGUGGACGUGGACGUGGACGUGGACGUGGACGUGGACGUGGACGUGGUCGUGGACGUGGACGUGGACGUGGACGCGUGGACGUGGACGUGGACGUGGACGUGGUCGUGGACGUGGACGUGGACGUGGACGUGGACGUGGACGUGGACGUGGACGUGGACGUGGUCGUGGUCGUGGACGUGGACGUGGUCGUGGUCGUGGACGUGGACGUGGACGUGGACGUGGUCGUGGACGUGGACGUGGACGUGGACGUGGACGUGGAGAUGGACGUGGACGUGGACGUGGACGUGGAGAUGGACGUGGACGUGGACGUGGUAGUGGACGUGGACGUGGACGUGGACGUAGACGUGGACGUGGACGUGGACGUGGUCGUGGACGUGGUAGUGGACGUGGACGUGGACGUGGUCGUACACGUGGACGUGGACGUGGACGUGGACGUACACGUGGACGUGGACGUGGACGUGGACGUGGACGUACACGUGGUUGUGGACGUGGACGUGGAGGACGUGGACGUGGACGUGGACGUGGACGUGGAGGACGUGGUUGUGGACGUGGACGUGGAGGACGUGGACGUGGACGUGGACGUGGAUGUGGACGCGUGGACGUGGACGUGGACGUGGACGUGGACGCGUGGACGUGGACGUGGACGUGGACGUGGACGUGGACGUGGACGUGGUCGUGGACGUGGACGUGGACGUGGACGCGUGGACGUGGACGUGGACGUGGACGUGGUCGUGGACGUGGACGUGGACGUGGACGUGGACGUGGACGUGGACGUGGACGUGGACGUGGACGUGGACGUGGACGUGGACGUGGACGUGGACGUGGACGUGGACGUGGACGUGGACGUGGACGUGAACGUGAACGUGGACGUGGACGUGGACGUGGACGUGGACGUGGACGUGGACAUGGACGUGGACGUGGUCGUGGACGUGGACGUGGACGUGGACGUGGACUUGGACGUGGACGUGGACGUGGACGUGGACUUGGACGUGGUCGUGGACGUGGUCGUGGACGUGGACAUGGUCGUGGACGUGGACGUGGACGUGGACGUAAACUUGGACGUGGACGUGGACGUGGACGUGGACUUGGACGUGGACGUGGUCGUGGUCGUGGACUUGGACGUGGACGUGGACGUGGACGUGGACGUGGACGUGGACGUGGACGUGGACAUGGUCGUGGACGUGGACGUGGACAUGGACGUGAACGUGGACGUGGACGUGGACAUGGUCGUGGACGUGGACGUGGAGGUGGACAUGGUCGUGGACGUGGACGUGGACGUGGAGGUGGACAUGGUCGUGGACGUGGAUGUGGAGGACUUGGACGUGGACAUGGACGUGGACUUGGACGUGGACUUGGACGUGGACGUGGACGUGGACCUGGUCGUGGACGUGGACGUGGACGUGGACGUGGAUGUGGACGUGGACGUGGUCGUGGACAAAGACAUGGACGUGGACGUGGACGUGGACGUGGUCGUGGACGAAGACGUGGACCUGGACGUGGUCGUGGACAUGGACGUGGACGUGGACGUGGACGUGGUCGUGGACGUGGACGUAGACGUGGACGUGGUCGUGGACGUGGACGUGGACGUGGACGUGGUCGUGGACGUGGACGUGGACGUGGUCGUGGACGUGGACGUGGACGUGGACGUGGACAUGGUCGUGGACGUGGACGUGGACGUGGACAUGGACGUGGACGUGGACGUGGACGUGGACGUGGACGUGGACGUGGCCGUGGACGUGGUCGUGGACGUGGACGUGGACGUGGACGUGGACGUGGACGUGGUCGUGGACGUGGACGUGGACGUGGACGUGGACGUGGACGUGGACGUGGACGUGGACUUGGACGUGGACGUGGACAUGGACGUGGACGUGGACGUGGACGUGGACGUGGACGUGACGUGGACUUGA